UUAGAUGCAUAUUAUUUCAGGCUGUGACACAAUCCUUUCCACUCUUGGAUGGUUUGACCUUUUUCUGCACAUCCUGUAUCCAAAGAAAAUUGUCCGGCGUCUAAAUUCAAACUUGGAUCUCUUGAGAUCUUGAACUGUUUUUAAAAGUGUUUCUCUGGGUUUUGUCUCGAUACCGAGAUUCAAAUUGGUCUCCAAACAAGCCACUACUGAGAGCGCUCUUCAACAUGUUGGUGGAGGGGUUUCUUCUUGUCGCCACUCUUACCCUACUAUACUACUUAUACGAUUACGUCACAUCACCUGCCAAUCUUCCACCGGGACCUAUACCGCUGCCCAUCAUCAACAACCUUCUCAGCAUCACGGGCUCAGAUUCUCAUCUUGCCGCAGCUAAACUUGCCAAUACCUAUGGUGAUAUUUUCACGCUGAAAAUCUUCAACGACAGAUUUGUGUUCGUCUCAUCUGGAGCUGGUGCAAGAGAGGUAUUGAUGGGGAAACGAAUGAACGACUUGGCGGGAAGGCCUCAAACGUUUACUUUCAAUUUUCUGACACGAGGUGCAAAAGAUAUCAUAUUUGGUGAUUACUCGCGCCAUCUAGUUUGGAGGAGGAAAAUUGUGCACUCCGGCUUAAGGAUGUAUUUUCCAAAAUUGGAAGAAAACAUUGCAUGGGAAGUGUCUAAACUUGAAAGAAAGCUCAUGAAGGAUGUCGGAACAGCACUUCAUUCGAGGGACGAGUUCUCAUUGCUGAUAACAAAUAUCAUUUCCUCAUUUCUUCUGGGGAAAUCUUUCGAACCCGAUGAUCCAGAUUUUCUCACAACUCUCGAGUUCACCCGUAUCGGUUCACAACUUCCAGUAUCCGGAUCCAUCUUGGAUAACUUUCCAUUUCUUGUCCAUCUUCCCAUCAGUGAGUCUCGCUUUUACAAGAAAUUAGUUGAGAUCCGUGACAGAUUGCUCGAUAAAUUCUUCUUAGAACACAAAAGCACCUUCUCCGAAGACUGCAUCAGAGAUUUGACCGACGCGUUCCUUAAAGCCAAGCUCGAAGUAGAGCGGGAAGACAAGAAAGCAAUCGGCGAAGUUACGGAUGACCACAUCACUAUGCUCAUGACCGAUGUUUAUUUCGCAGGCCUAGAGACCACAAGCACAACACUUUCUUGGCUCGCUGCCUACCUCAUUAACUACCCACAAGUCCAAACACGCCUUCAAACCGACAUUGAUGACGUCAUUGGCAGCCGCUGGCCAGUACUUGCCGACAAGCCUAAUUUGCCUUAUAUGGAAGCCACAAUCGCAGAGGUACUGAGGAUCGCCACUGUUGCUCCAAUGGGGUUACCCCACAAGGCUACGACUAAUAACGUCCCACUAAUGGGAUACAACAUUCCCAAGGAUACAAUCAUUGUGAUGAACUUGUGGGCCAUCCAUCACGACCCGAGGGAGUGGCCUAACCCGGACAAGUUUGACCCGGACAGAUUCAUCAAUGAAGAUGGCAAGUUUGAAGUUCCUGGUCAGCGUAGCUAUCUGCCCUUCUCGGCGGGACGGAGGGUAUGUGUGGGCGAGUCCCUGGCCAAGAUCGAGUUGUUCCUGGUCAUGACGCGUUUGUUGCAGCAGUUUACUCUAGAGACCCUUCCUGGACAAGGACCGCCUUCGGUUGGGGAGGCUUCUGGCAACAUCACUCGAGCUCCCAAGCCCUUCAAUUUCCGUGCAAUGCCGCGGCGGAAAUAAAUCAUUAAGGCCUCCCUGCUGCUAGGGGCAGCGAAAUAGUCCAUGAGAACUUGCGGCAUCUUUAAACCGCGCUAGGGAAGGUACCCCUAGGGGUAGAGGCAUCGCAUGUGAACAGGGACUAAAACAGAACUUCUACAAUUCUUUGUACAGCUGCCACUCAAUUAUACCGACACAACUGCAGUCAUAGUUUUGAAAUGGCAACGAAAAUUUGUAAAAGGGAAAUUUGUAGUUACUACUUAUUGGCCCCUUAUUUCUAGUCGAGAUAGAUAAUCAAUUCACUCAAUCAAUUCAAUUCAAGGCUCACCUAUAUGUCAAAGUUCCCUUCUUUAAUACUCUCUUGUAAUACUUUGUAGAUAUGGCUUAUUCUCGGAAAGCCACUGAUGCAUUUUACUAAUUCUACAAUAAUAAAAGCUUUUGUUUGGA